AUGUGCCUUUGUGUUGUGCCAGCUGCUCUUCAGGAAGAUCCUAAGUGUGGGCAGAAACUUCAAGAGAGAAACUUGUGGAGUUACUGUAACCUUUUCACUCAGAUUGGGGGAACCCAGGUGAAACAAGGCUCACAUCCAUGGCAGGUUUCCCUGAAAUGAAGGCAAAAGCACUUCUGCGGAGGCACCAUUGUUUCUGCUCAGUGAGUGGUCACUGCAGCUCACUGCACCUUGGACAGGAUGAACUUACUUCAGGACUUGUUUGUCACUGCAGGAGAGCAUGAUUUGAGGCUCAGGGAGAAUGGCAAGCAGACACUGCCUAUUAAAUCUGUCAUUAAGCAUCCAAUCUGUGACCCCAGAAGGCCCAUGAACUAUGAAAUUGCCCUUCUGAAGCUGAAUGGAGCCUUCAUUUUCAGUUCAACAGUUUUGCCAGCAUGUAUUCCUCACCCAGCUGAAAAGUUUGAAGCAGGAUUUGUCUGCACUGCUUGUGGUCGGGAACAUUUUUUGUGUGUUUCACAUGGACUGCUCCCUCAGGUCUUAUAUGAAGUUGAUCUGCCAAUCCUAAACAAAAAAGAGUGUUCAAAAGCAUUAUCAACUUUAAAGAAAAGCAUUCAAGGUGACACUAUAAUGUGUGCUGGAUUUCCAGAUGGAGGAAAAGGUGCCUGCCAGGGAGACUCAGGAGGACCCCUUUUGUGUUGACAACACAAGCACGGUGCCUAGACUCUUGCUGGUGUGAUCUUCUGGGGGAUGGGAUGUGCCCGUGGCUGGAUAAGUAAUGAGAAGAAACAUUACAACAGGGGAUCUCCUGGAAUAUUCACAGACCUCAGUGCAGUACUUUCCUGGAUUUAAGAGAACAUGAGUGCUGAUCUGAAAACGAAAAGCUCCACAGCAUUUUGUAGUGCUCAGGAUGGCAAACUCAUUGACAGUGAAAGGGAAUUACGUUUUCCUGGAAGUCCCAAACAAUUCGAUGAAAACCAUCAAUUGUGUAUAUGCACUCUAUUUGUGCCAGAAGAGAAUUACAUAUGGCUUGGUUUUUUCCACUUUGAUAUAAAGCCAGAAACAUUCUGUGACUAUGAUUCUUUAUCAGUGUAUUCAAAAGAUGACAGACUCGUGGGGAAAUUCUGUGGAGGAGAUCCUCCAUUACCUAUUUUGUUUGGCUCCAAUAGUAUAAGGUCGAAAUUUGUUUCUGACAGGGAGGAUUAUGGAACCAGUUUUUCCAUGACCUACAAAGCUAUUACACCAGAUAUUCUUCCUGAUUCUAGAUGUGAGUCCCUAGCUGUCUUUUUUGAAGAAGGAGUCUUACACUACCCAGAGCAUUACUGCAACAUGACAGAUUGUCAAUGGAUUAUUUAUGCACCAGAGGAUCAUGUAGUCAAGCUUACCUACCAGUCCUUUGAAGUAGGAGAGAGUGAAGAUUGCUCCUAUGAUGCUGUGACUGCGUAUAAAGAUGUGAGAAAAGAGGAGGAAAUCACCAAGUCUUGUGGAUUUGCCCUACUGGCACUUGUCCUAAGCUCCUCUGCUGUGAUGUUGGUUGUCUUUCACUCUGAUGAACAAAAGACCUUUGGAAGAUUCAGAGCUACAGUCUCUUUUGUUCAUGUAGCAGGUAACACAAGCUUGAGGAGCUAUGGGGUAUAGCCCUUAAAUGGAAUGUUCUUUGCUUCUCGAAAUUUAACCUCUAAAGACUUCUUGAAACAUCAAUGUUUUCUUUCUGUUUCAGAUGAUAUUUGUGGAAUGCCUUCAAAUCAGCCCAAGUUCAUCUUCAGCAGGAUAACUGGAGGUGAAGAAGUACCAUACUCCCAGCCUUGGCAGGUAAGUGUACAAAUUUCAGAUGAGCAUAUCUGUGGAGAAGCAGCUGCCCACUGCCUUGAUUCCAAGGAACUCCACAGAGAUUUAUGGAUGGUAGUAACAGGACUUCGUGAUCUUACAGAGCAAGAGUACAGACUAUGUGGUACUAUGUGUUCUGUUUAG